AUGACCCAACAUAACAAUAUACAUCAUAAUAUAGCGUUAUACAACCCUAAUAUAGUCUUAUACAACCCUAAUAUAGCUUUAUACAACCCUCAUAUAGCUUUAUACAACCCUAAUAUAGCUUUAUACAACCCUAAUAUAGCUUUAUACAACCCUAAUAUAGCUUUAUACAACCCUAAUAUAGCUUUAUACAACCCUAAUAUAGAUUCAUACAACCCUAAUAUAGCUUUAUACAACCCUAAUAUAGCUUUAUACAACCCUAAUAUAGCUUUAUACAACCCUAAUAUAGCUUUAUACAACCCUAAUAUAGAUUCAUACAACCCUAAUAUAGCUUUAUACAACCCUAAUAUAGUCUUAUACAACCCUAAUAUAGCUUUAUACAACCCUAAUAUAGCUUUAUACAACCCUAAUAUAGCUUUAUACAACCCUAAUAUAGCUUUAUACAACCCUAAUAUAGUCUUAUACAACCCUAAUAUAGAUUUAUACAACCCUAAUAUAGCUUUAUACAACCCUAAUAUAGCUUAA